AUGGCGAGCCGAACGGGGCUGAACACCACGGACAGCCUAGAGCCGCUCUCCAUCCCCAAGCAGUCCAUCGCCCAGGAGGUGGUGGGCCUCCUCUGCAUGGUCCUGCUCACCCUCACUGCCCUGGUGGCCAACACUGUGGUGAUGGUCGUCAUUCUCAAAACCCCCCUUCUCAGGAAGUUCAUCUUCGUCUGCCAUCUCUGUGUGGUCGACCUCCUCUCUGCCAUUUUCCUCAUGCCCCUGGGGAUCAUCUCCAGCUCCUCCUGCUUCAACAGGGUUAUCUACAGCAUUGCCGAGUGCCAGGCCUUGAUAUUCCUGAAUGUUUGCUUCAUCAGUGCCUCCAUCCUCACCAUCUCCAUCAUCAGCGUGGAGCGGUACUAUUACAUUGUCCAUCCCAUGAAGUAUGAGGUCAAGAUGACCAUCAGACUGGCGGUGGCUGGAGUGAUCUUCAUUUGGGUCAAGUCUGUUCUCAUCACUGUCUUGGCACUGGUGGGCUGGCCUCAAGGCAAUGGGGCCACCAGCGCCCCCCCCAGCCGCUGCACAGUCUACUGGACCCCUGGUGCCCACAAGAAGGCUUUUAUCAUCAUCUUCAGCAUCAUCUGCUUUAUUCUGCCUGCCAUCAUCAUCUUUGCUGUCUACUGCAGUGUCUACCGCGUGGCCCGGAUGGCAUCCCUGCCACACGUGCCCAUGCCGGCACAGGCAGUUGCACCAAGACACCGAUCCGACUCCAUUGCCAGCCAAGUGACCAUCAUCACCACCAGGAACCUGCCGCUGCCAAGGCUAACGCCAGAGCGCUUUCUGGGAAGCAACAAGGCCAUCCUCACCUUGCUCCUCAUUGUGGGACAGUUCUUGUGCUGCUGGCUGCCCUUCUUUGCUUUCCACUUGCACUCCUCUGUCGCUGCCGGCACAGUGGGCGGUGGGCAUGGGGAGAUGAUCGUCACCUGGAUUGCCUACUCUUCCUUCGCCAUCAAUCUGCGGACCCGCCAGAUCCGGGAGGAGCUUGCCCGGCUCCGGCGCAGCUGUCUCAACCGGCCACUGGGCCAGGAGCUCUGUCUUUCCAUCUCAGAGGCUUCUGUCCAGGAAAACUUCUUGCAGUUCCUCCAGAGAGCAACUUGCACGCUGGAGACCCAUGCCAGCUGCAUCAGCCCCAGCCCGAGGAACAGACUGGAUCAGACCAAGGUGGGCUUCCCCAUCCCAGGUCAAGUUCCCGAAGAGAGCAGCUGA